AUGACAAUCCUUAGCGGUCUCUCCCCGCGGAUGCGCCUAUUGGCGAUCUCGCUUAUGGCCAUCACGGGCUGUCUCUUCCUCAACGCCCUGGUCCCCUCUUCCUACCGCCUCGGCCCAUCACAAGGAUGGACCUCCCCCUCGGUUCUUCGCUCUCGCUUUCUCCGCGCGCGAGCCCAGGCCCCUCGUCCGCCCAUUCACCACCCCAUCCCCAAAUUGAUGGCCGACGCUCGUCGGGCUUUCGACGAAAAGAUCAAGCGGCAGAGCAAGACUCUGCAGGAGGCGGUCGACGAGUAUGAGAGGCGGUAUGGACGUCGUCCUCCCAAGGGGUUUGACGAGUGGUACGAGUUUGCGAAGGAGAACGGAGCGACGAUCAUUGACGAGUAUGAUCAGCUCGCCAAGGACAUGGAGCCUUUCUGGGGUAUGAGCGGUGCAGAGCUCAGACGGCGCUGUGUCCAGGUCGGGUACUUGCCGUCGGUGGAUCUGGUGCGGAUUGAGGAGGGCAAGACGAGGACGAUCGACGUCUCGCAGGGAUUCGACGAUGCGGAAGUGGGCGCGAGAGCAAAGGGGUUCCGGGUUAUGCUGGAGAGGUUCCAGGAUAGGCUUCCGAACAUGGACUUCCCGAUCAAUGAGAAGGCGGAGGGGAGGAUCUUGGUGCCGUGGGAGGAGAAGCAGUUCCCGAACAUCACAGCGGACUCUGAGCUCGGUAUUGAGCACGUCCUCGGCGGAGAAUUCGUCCCAGACUGGCGAGGCGAUGGGAGCGUCUGGGAGGCGUAUCGCCGCACCUGCGAGCCCGCUGCUCAGGCCAGGCGGCUAUUCGGCUCCCUCCGCGCCCAGCUCAAAGAGGGUCAGGCGCCCGUCUCCCGACUCGCCAAAGCCGGUAUCGCAACAUCGUCCGUAUCGGAAGACUUCACCUUCUCCGAAACUGUCGAUGACAAUUACGAUUUCUGCGACCACCCCUGGGCGCACUACAACCAAGGCCACUUCUUUUCGGACUGGCGCAGUAUCCACGCACUCUACCCGCUCUUCUCGCCCGCCAAGGGUAAGGGGUACUCGGACCUCCUCAUCCCGAGCCAUUACUACUACUCAUCGACCAAGCGGUAUACGUACGGCUGGGACCCGGUCAACAUGGUCAUCCAGGACACGGAUGAUAUGGAGGUGCCGUGGGAGGAGAAGAUUGAUGAUGUGUUCUGGAGGGGUGCGACGACGGGUGGUGGAAGUACCCCGCCAGGCUUCCUUGCGCAAUACCAGCGACAUCGAUUCAUCCGGAUGGCAUCUGAUGCUUCGCCUUUGGAGAAGACAGUCGUCUUUGCCGAUCCGCCAGGGACCAAUAACUUCAUCGCUGCUCCCGUUCCUAUCGCGGAGCUCAACAACGAUAUCAUGGACGUGGCAUUCACCAAGGCAGUCGGAUGCGUGCAGUACCCGGGCGGAUGUGAUGGGAUGCGCAAGGACCACCGGUUUGCGGAUGCGGUCCCGCUCGGUGAGAACUGGAGGCACAAGUAUUUGAUUGAUGUGGACGGGAUGGGGUACUCAGCUCGACUCUUCGCUUUGCUUAAAUCCGAAAGCGCAGUCCUCAAGUCCACGGUAUACACCGAGUUCAUGUCUGAAUGGCUCCAGCCUUGGCUCCACUAUAUCCCCGUCUCGCAGCUCUAUUCCGAGCUGUACAACAUCCACGCCUUCUUCUCGGGCCCAUCACAGUCCAUGGUCGACGCCGCCAACUCCACAAGGGCGCUUUAUCAGUCCGCGGGCAUGUCAACACGGAAGUUUGACGGUGAUGCCGAGCUGAGGAAGAUUGCCCAGAGCGGGAGGGACUGGAUCUUCAACCAUGGCCGGAUUGAGGAUAUGGAGAUCUAUGUGUACCGAUUAUGCCUGGAAUGGGCGCGACUGACGAACGACGAUCGCGAGGCGAUGACCUAUUAG